AUGUUUUUCAAAAUAACAUUUCGAAUCUCUUUUUCUGUAUUUUACACAAUUCCCAACCAAUCUAAUUUAAUUUGGUAAUUACUGUUCAAUCUUUUGAAUGGAAAAAGAUCGAUGGAAGAGAAAAUUAAAUUAACCAUUUCUUCUUCCCUUUAUUAUUAGAUUUCAGGAGUUUUAGAAACAAUUGGCGAUUCGUUUAUUGGAUUUUACAUUGAGGAUGUUUUCAAGGCAACAAUGAAUCAAUAUGUUGAAGUAAGUAUGAUUAUAAUUUAUUGAAAACAAUUGAUCUAUUGAUCUUUCUUAUUUCAGUUUGUUUUAGGUGAUUGCAGUAUGAUACUAUUAGUACUAUGCGUCAAAUUAGAUGAGAUGAAAAGACCAAAACAAGAUAAAUCUAAGGAUUUAAUGGUGCUUUGGAUCACUGAAUCAAACUAAAAGUUAAUCGUUUCAAUCUUUUAUCAGCAAUAAGUGAACGGAAAAUGGAAAGGCCAAGUAACAAGAGCGAAUCAAAUGAUUAAAUUUUUAAAAGACCAAUACUCAAAAAUCAUUAUCCUGGUGUCUAUAAUGAAUUAUCAUCUUUGUUGUAUCGUGUUGCACUGGAAAAGGAAAACGUUCAAUAGAUCAUGAAUUGAAUUAAAAAAGGUUAACUGCUCUUAAUGUGACCAAAUGUGAGCAAAGAAUGAGAAGGAAAAAUGUAACAAAAUAAUCGACAUUGAUUAGUGUAUCAGACAAGUAGUCAGGGUUAACAAAAUCGGACACUUUUCAGUAAACUGAGAAGCUUAAUAUGCUCGAGAUGGCGACACUUAAAAAUUAACUCUGACCCUUUUUGUUAACCCUUGCCCUAGUGAAAUAGCCACACAAUGAAGUUAUUAAUACCAAUAGUUUUCCUCUUUUGCUUCACUCUUCAAAUAUCUUGUCAAACAAGAUCAUGGCAUUACGAGCCCAUUUUAAAAAUAUCGCCGGGAUUGAUAAAAGGUACAUCAGUUGACUUUAGAGGUGUUAAAGUUUACCAGUUUUUGGGUAUCCCUUAUGCUGAACCACCAUUGGAUGAGUUACGUUUUAAAAAACCAGUGCCAAAGAAACCAUGGAAUGGAGUAUUGAGUGUAAAUAAAUGGAGCACCGCUUGUAUGCAGCCGGUCAUUCCUGGUGUAAACGGGGAUGACCUUACCAUUAGCGAGGAUUGUCUCAUUUUGAAUGUUUUCACAACACAAGAUGCUUUCCAAGAUCAAAGAAAUGGCAAUCAAAAUGAAUUACGUCCAGUUAUGGUUUGGAUUCAUGGCGGUUCUUUCGUUUUUGGUUCAGCUAGCAAACAAGAUUCCUAUGAUGGUACACCAUUAGUGGCAAUCAAAGAUGUAAUUGUUGUAGCUUUAAAUUAUCGUCUGGGUCCUUUGGGUUUCCUUCAUUUGCCCGAAGCAGGUGUUCCUGGUAACAUGGGUCUUUGGGAUCAGCAGUUGGCUUUAAAAUGGGUUAAAGAUAACAUUGAAUAUUUUGGUGGAGAUCCUGAUAAAGUAACGAUUUUCGGUGAAUCUGCCGGUGCAGUGUCAGUUUCAGCUCAUCUUAUUAGCCCACAAUCAAGAGGAUUGUUCAAAAACGUCAUUUUGCAAAGUGGUUCCAUCUAUGGUAUAAACCUAUUUACAAUUCCCAAUGUAGGACGACAAUUCUUGGACAAGAUUAAUUGUGAAUCAAACGAUUAUAAAUCAUGUUUAGCAAAUUAUGAAUUCGGUCAGUAUCCUGAAGCUGAUAGAUUGGUAUUCUGGCCAAUAGUUGGUGACAGAUUCCUUCCAAAUAACCCAGAAGAGCUGGUUGCCAAUGGUGUUGAUCCAAACAUCAACGUCUUAUUGGGUACUCUUAGUAAUGAAGGAAUAUUUUUCUUGCUUGUGAAGGACAACAUCACUUUUAAUCCGUCCAAUCCAGUUGACCUGACUAUUCCUCAUGCUAGGUACAUUUUUGGUGAACUGUUUGGUAAAAAAUUGAUCGAUGUCUAUUCAGAACUAUACUUGGAUUCAAUACCAGCUGAUGACUCUGAUGCCAUAAGGUUAGCCGUUGCUCAAGCUCUUGGAGACGUUGUUAUCUCUGGUCCGACUUAUGCAUUUGGUCGAGAUUUGGUCGCUAAUGGUGUUUCAAAUGUUUAUGCUUACAUUCAAACGCAAAAGCCUAAGUCUUAUGGUUCAGUUAACCAAACUUGGUCUUCAAAUAUUCCUACUCAUACUGACGAUCUUCCCAUGGUUUUUGGUCGUCCUUUCAUUGAACCCGAACAAUACAAUAUUGAAGAUGGGUUUCUAUCAUUUCUCAUGAUGGACAUUUGGACAAAAUUUGCCAAAGGAGAAAAACUUCCAAAAAUUUCUUACCAGGAAUGGUUAGCCUGGGGUCAAAAUAACAACAAUCCUUAUAACUCUAUCGUUCUUGACUCUAAGAAACUUGGCUGGAUCGAAACAGAACAUGUUGAAUUUUGUAUCGAAAAUUGGCCUUUUCCAGUCGAGAAACCAAUCGAUUUAUAUCCUCAAAAUUUAACCAUGAAGUCUAACUUAUUCAUUACAAUUCCAUGACAGUCACACUGAAACUAAAACAAGAUCUGGUUCUACAACUGAACAAAAUACAAGCCAACUUUGAAAGCGAUUUUAUCAAAAAACAUUCGACCUGAGCAAUUUUCAAUUGUUUCAAUAUUUUUUUAUUUACCUAAAAGGCCACCAAGUCUUAGCUCUUGACUCUAAAUGCACUCACUAUUUAUCCAACAAUAAACCAAAACCUAAUCAAACUGAACAAAAUAAUUUUCCACCUUUCACG